UUUUUGAAACAUUUGGAACCGUUUUUCCGGUUGACCAACAUGGGCUACGACUACCUGGCGCUGAAGUCGCUGACGCUGCGCUGGUCGGUCGCCGGGUUUAGGAACCAGAUUGGGGUGGGCAAGGAGAGUAACAUCUACACGGUGGGGGAUGAGGAGGGCAAUCCGUUGUGCUUGAAGUUGCACCGGUUGGGACGGGUUUGCUUCCGGAACGUGAAGGUGAAGCGGGACUAUCACGGGAAGCGGCACAAGAUGAGUUGGUUGUAUUUGUCGCGGAUUUCGGCGACGCGGGAGUAUGCGUACAUGAAGGCGUUGUACGAUCGCGGGUUUCCGGUGCCGCGUCCGGUGGACUUUAACCGGCACUGCGUAAUUAUGGAGCUGGUUGAUGGGUACUGACGAACGUGGCCGAGGUGGGCAAUUUUUAAGCAGUUGUACGAUGGUUUGAUGAACUUGAUUGUGCGGUUGGGGAAUUGCGGAGUUAUUCGCGGAGAUUUCAACGAGUUCAACGUGAUGAUCACGGAGGAGGACCAGCGGCCGAUCUUGAUCUAUUUUCCCCAGAUGGUGUCGACGUCGCAUCCGAACGCGGAGAUGUACUUUGAUCGGGACGUGCAGGGCGUUCGGGAUCUGUUCCGGAAGAAAUUUGGGUAUGAAAGUGAAGAACAUUCCAAGUUUAGCGAUCUGGAGCGGGAGGAUGAGCUGGACCGGGAGGUUCUCUGCUCUGGGUACGGAUUUACGCAGGAGAUGGAGGAGGAUCUGCACAAGGAGUAUCACCAGGAGGGAGGUACCGAGGAAGGAGGAAACUUAUUUACCUGUUCGGCACAGACGUGUAGCAGGGCAUCGGCGAGCUUUGAUAUGGCAGUAUUGGCGAUGAUGGAGCAGCAGUUCAGUUCGGCGAUUACGAUCGCUGAAGUUCUACACCAGUUCAGCCAGCGGUGCAGUCGGCGUUUGCGGUUCAACAGCACAGUUUGCCGGCACAGAUCCACCAAGUCGCCGCAGACAUCAGCAUGCCACACGCUGAUUGGAGGUUGCCAGCAGCAAAGCUUUUUGGGGCGGCGCGUCGUGAUCGGACGGAGAUGCAUUCAGUCGCUCAGGCGUUUUACACUGCAGGUUCGCAGAGCUGGCAGCUCAUCAGCCAAACAUACCAGUUCCGUUCGUCGCGAGUCAGCGAGCGCGCUACGCAUCCGACUAACUCAGAGAUUCAGCUGCAACGGACACGUCGGCCGCGUGUUAACGACCAUCCACCAGGGCCCGGUGGUAACGUCGUCAGCGCACACGGCAAUUCAAGCGAAGUCUUCUCCUAGUGCACCGGAGAAAGACAUCCGACUACAGACGGCGGCAGUCCGCCGACAGUUCAGCAGAGUUCGUCCAGAUCCAGAGCACAGCAACACGAUCACGGUCGUGUCGAGCUCGGAGUUCAACCGUCUCCCCGCAGCUGCAUCUACAGCAGCUCAUCAGACCGGAGGCACAGACCUUGCCUUCGUCAGCUCAGCGAGCAGCCGCUUCAUCUGCUCCGCCGUCAGCAACUCUGCGCGUUAUUGCAGAGACGAGGAUCCAGCCGCAAAGCACUAG